AUGGGUGAUCGCAAUAAUCCCAUCAAGUUUGGGCCUGAAUGGCUGCGUAAUUUGGCACGUGAAGGUAAUGCUGGUGGUUCUGUGAACAACGGUCCAAACCCUACAAACUCUGGAAUUUCACCUAGUUCUGGCUCUACUGGAUCCAUCCAAGGGUCCACAAUUCCUACUGGUACUAUGAGUCUUCCAGGGCCUCCUGGAGCCGUGGGAGUUAUGGGCAGUCCAGGAGGCACUGCAGCACAAGGAGCUGCUGGUGGCUCCACAUCAUCUAAUGUUAAUGCAGCAGCAGGAGGGAAUUCUAGAAAUUCCACAAACAACAAUGGGUCAAAAGUGCUGUUGGCAAAGUUACGGUACGGAAGAGAAGAGAUGUUGGCUUUAUAUGACAGAUCAGCAGAAGCACCCGAAGAGUUAAAAUACUUUGAUUUGCUAUACCAACCAAGGGGGAAACCUCCUGUAGCUUUGAACAAUACAUUUGAGGAAGAAAUGCGGGACAAUAUCCGUGGAGGUCCACCUAUUGGAGCUAUGGCACCAGCAGAAAGAUUUGGUCUAGGUCGCGGAAUGGGUCGUGGCGGUGCCAAUGAGAAUCGUGGACGUACUCGCAUGCCAUUUGUCCGUCAAACAUCAUCAGGGAGGGGCAAUUCAUGGCACAUGGGGAGCACAAGAUUACCAGGGUAUAACAGUGCCACUGAAGAAGACACAAAUCCACUUCGACCUUGGGGUGCUAGUAAUGGAAAUAAUCCGACACCGAGGGCCAGUAAUGACCAACCAGAAUGGACUUCAAAUAAAGUCUUUCGGAGACGGCAAGCUAAUAACACUAAUUGGAGGCAGCAACAUACACGUGAUGAAGGUGAUGAAUGGCGGUCAUCAGACACAGCACGAAACCGUCCCAACACAGACAAAUGGGAUCGAGAAUGGGGAGAGAGACCAGCACAAGACAGGCCACAGUCGUGGAAUUCAAAUCGUCGUACUACAUGGGUUGGAGGGGAGGGUAACAAUGACGACAACCUACCAGAAUGGGCUGUGGAUAGUGCAGAAGCAGGCGCAGGAACAUUUGAUUCUACAGGGGCAUUUCACGGCUAUAGUAAUGACGAUAGUAAUUUACCUAAGACUCAGGACUCUUCAUUUCCUCUAGUGCGUUCUCACACUCAUGGAAGUUUCGUGCGUACAAAAACUGUUGAGGAAGGCUCGGAAGAAUGGUGGGCUUCAGAGAAAGCUAAAAAAUUGUCCCCAAAAAGGUUCGAAACUAGCGAUAUCAAGUUUAAAAAGUCAUCAAAUGUUGGAACAAAUGAAGCAAAUACUAGCACAACAAGCACUCAAAACUCCAAAGUGAAUAUAGAUAAAGAUGAGGCAUCCCAUGAGUCACCAGAGAAUUCGGAAAAAACCGCGACUGCUGCUGAACCCUCUGAAAAUACGAACACCAGUGAUGACAAAAAACUUGCUUUCAAACCGAAAUUUUCGGAGAGUAAAACAUUUGAUUCUCUCAUGCGGUCAGAAAUUGAUAUGGAGGAGGUCCGUGAUGAGAGAGGAAACUUUCAGUCUGUAAUGAUCACACCAAAUAAUAGCCUGCGACAGAAACAUCAGAAUAUUGUUGCUUCAGUCUCUGAAAACACAUCAAGGCAGGGCCGCAUUCCUGUUUUGCAAAUGUUACAUACAAUGUCACCAAAUGAUACUGAUUCCCGACAAACACCUGAAGAUAAACUUGUGGAGGAUAUCUUCGAUCUGACCCUAGAAGACACUAAGAUAUCAACUUCUUGUGCCACAUCAAUCAACUCAAAUAACUCUAGUGCUCAACCAGAUCAUCGACUGAGUGGUGGCAUGCCAAUGAGUAUUCCCAGUCCCGGCAUGCCAAAUCACGGCUUGGCAAUGAGCUCUGCAUCUACAAUGUCAACGUCUGUUCUUCAAGGUGGCACAUUACCAACAUCUGGUAUGCAAACAGGGGGCUUGCAUGCAAGUGGAAUGCAGACAGUUGGAUUGCAAACAGGAGUGAUACAGACUGGUGUAAUGCAAUCAAGUGGUAUGCAACCAGGUGGAAUGCAACAAGGUGGAAUGCAACAAGGUGGAAUGCAACAAGGUGGAAUGCAACAAGGUGGAAUGCAACAAGGUGGAAUGCAACAAGGUGGAAUGCAACAAGGCGGAAUGCAACAAGGUGGAAUGCAACAAGGCGGAAUGCAACAAGGCGGAAUGCAGCCAGGCGGACUGCAAUCAGGUGGAAUGCAACCAAGAUUACAGAAUGUUGGAAUACCAAACUCUGCUCUUAAUUCUUCUCUAGGCCUUUCACUUGGUUCUGCAAAUAACGGUUUGGUGUUACCAAUGCAAGGAGUUCAACCACCUGUUAUGCCUAAUACACAACUCACAAAUCCUGGAUUAGGAGCAGCAGGUUUGCAGCCACGCGGGUCUGUGUUACCUGGUUUUCAACCAAGCAGUGGAUUGUCUGUGAUGACUGGCACUAAUGUCGCAAAUACAUCGCUGUUUCUAGGUCAGAAUAACAAUCCAAUGCAAUCGACCAACGACUUACAGAUGCAAGGUCAUGGAGCUCAAACAAAUUUGUUUCCAAUGCAUGGAUUGCAGCAUUCUAGCUCACAGGGAGGGACAUUUGGAUCAAUAUAUAGCAAUAUUAUACCGCAUUCUCCAACUCAACCUGCUCAAAACUCUCAAAAUCUUGCUGACCAGUGGUAUUAUGAAGAUCCAAAGAAAAUCAUUCAAGGACCGUUUUCUUCAAAGGAGAUGUACAAUUGGUACAGGGCAGGCUUCUUUAGUCCAAGUCUAAUGGUACGCAGAGCGUGCGAUACGCAUAUGCGCCCACUUGGUUCUUACGGUCCUAUGGUACCCUUUGCUCAAAUCGACAUGCUAUCACCAUUCCCGAUGUCCAGCGGUUUCGAAACCCGCACUCAGGGGCCGCAUGAUUUACUAAAUCAACAACAAGGACUCGGAUUGGAUGAUUCCUUAUGGAGUCAACCUACUCCAUCUCCGGAUCUAAUGUGGAUGCAGCAAGCUAUGAACGCGCGGAACGAGUCGCGUGUCAACAAUCUCCCUAUGUUUUUCUGGGAUCCGCAGCCUUCCGCCAUAUCUUCUAACUCUCUAUUACCCGAGGAGAUAGCUAAGGAAAUGAAAACUGAAGAUCAAAUACUAGCGCAGCUUAGAGCGUCACAAAAUAUUAGCACGUCGCAAAAUAUUAGCACGCCGCAGACGUUGCCGUUUAUUAACGAGACUGUUUCAACAUCGAUUAGUAAUAAACCGGACGAAGCCUACUCUCCAAAUAUUAGUGCUACUCCUAAUUUGGAGGAGCUGCAAAAAUUUAUUAAAUCUGAAGCGUUAGCAUCGCCAUCUACGACAGCCACUGAACCAGCAGUGGAAAAUGAAGAAACAGAGGUCAAAUCGGAAGUAACUCCUAAAGUUGAGCAAAAAGCAGUUGAAACUCUUGUCCCUAAACAGCAGCAACAAUGCCAAAGUAAAACUUCGACCGAAUUAAAACCAGCAAAAUCAACCAAAUCAGAGAGCGAAAAACCGGUAAAAAGUAAGGAAAACAACAUCUCAAAGAGUAAGAAUAAGAAAUCAAAGGAAGAUAAAAAGGAAGACUUAGUUGAAGUUAAGAAUAAAGAAGACGAUAAUGUGAAAACGGAGUCAAAACGGUCAGUGGAGUCUUCACCUUCGAAAACUAAAAGAGAAGAUAAGCAGAGCAAAAAGGAGCUAGAGAAAGAAAGAAAGGAAUGGUUAAAAGAGGGUUUCACCAUAGUAAAAGGGUCUGAGAAGAGCGUUACUAAGGACACCAAGAAAAAAGUAGAAGAAAUAAAGACCCCUGAUGAAACUGAACGUAAGAGGAAAGAAGAGGAGAAAACUGCUGCUGAUGAGAAAAAGGAGAAAAAAAAUUCCGAGAACCAGAAAAAGCAGCAGCAGGAGCAAUUGCAGCGACACACGGAGUCCGUGUCUAAGAAGGCACCGUGGUCCGCCGUGGCGACUCAGCAAGCGCAAGCGACCAACAAGGACGGGCUCACUCUAGCCGAGAUACAGCGGCUUGAGAGAGAAAAGAAGUUAGAGCAGAUGAAAGUUCAGCAGCAAAUGAUGCAGAUUAUUGCGCAGCAGCAGGCCGCGGCCUUGGCAAGGGAACAGGAAAUGCAAGCUGGACUCGGUUGGGCUAAAAAGAAGGGGACCAAUGCCAACAUACCGGGUCAAAGCUUGGCUGAAAUCCAGGCGGAGACCCGAAGACAAGCUGCUGUGGCCGCCGCUGCUGCGGCCGCCACAGCUGCUCAGGCCUUCGAGGAAGCCCAGGCUGCGCCACCGCAACCUGUCAAUCACGCUCCUUGGGGUAAUUCAGCUAACGGAGCAGGAGGUUUCUGGGACACUCAGUCAAAUACAACUGCCAAAGCUGUUGAAAAAUCACAAGAGCCACCAAAGGUAGUUGAGCCAAGCAAAAACAACAAGAAGAAGGCCGCUCCUGCUGCUAUUCCUAAGAAAGAGACCACCCCUGCGAUUGAAUUCGAAUCGUGGUGCACAACUGUGCUCGCUUCAUGGAGCUCAAAGAUCGACGUGCCAACAUUCGUCGGCUUCCUCAAAGACAUCGAGUCACCAUAUGAGGUGAAAGAUUACGUAAAGUGCUACUUAGGAGAAUCUAAGGAUUCAAACGAUUUCGCUCGGCAGUUCUUGGAGAGAAGGUCCAAACUUCUCCGUGUUGGUAUGGUGACCCCAUCAGACGAUCUUUGCUCUCCGGCCAUGGCGAUUAAUCCUCGGAACCCCUCUGGUUCAGACUACCAGGAGGUGAAGGGCAAGGGCAAAAAAGCAAAAAAGAAUAAGAUGCUUAAAGUCGACGCUCGUAUACUCGGAUUCUCAGUGACGGCAGCCGAAGAUCGGAUCAACGUCGGCGAUAUUGACACCGUCUGA